GCGUAAACUAUGACGUCUGGGGGCGUGUCUCGAAGAGGACAGAAGGGACUCGACCAUGGGAGACAGUUUCCAUGACCAGCUGACAGAGGAUGGCGCCUUCCUCAGAACAGAGAGGAGACUGGACACAGAGCUGGUGGACAAAAUCAUCCUGCAGCUCAACAGAAUCUACCCGCAAGUACUCUCAGACAAGGAGGCCACCAAGUUUCGCAACUUGGAUGUGCCCACGUGCCUCCGCCUAGGCGAGCUCCUGACGCACCUGCAGGCAAAAGGAGAGGAAGCCUGCAGGGAAUUUUACAGGGCUCUUCACCUGCAUGUUGAGGACGUCUAUUACAGCUUGCCAACACGGCUUCGCCUCCGAGAUUCUUUUGAUCCCCUCACAUAUCCAAGUGCCUACAAAGAGAGACAUGUCAUGAACGACAAAAGUAAGAGAAAUACCAUCCAAUGGACGCUAUUCUCAAUUAAAUCACUGUAUGGGUUCAGCAAUGGCAUUCAAAACUGCCUCUUUCUAGGUCCCCUCUUCUUUUUAGGCUGCUUCAGUGUUGCAGUUGGAAUGGCAUUAGUCUAUUACUUUGGUGAAGCCAAAGUGACUGGAGGAAGCGGGGCCCUUGGGAUGGCGGCUUUGGGUUUGAAAAGAAAAGCUCGCGAGAUCCUUGUUUGGUACACAGAAGAAAGCCUCAUGAAGUAAGGAAGAACUGAGUCUCAGUGGGCAUGGGCUUCAGCGAAUCUUCAUUUGAACCAAAGCACAGCACCAUACUUUGCCUUUCAAAAUAAGAUGAACACAUUUUUAUUUAUUACUUUUGGGGUCCAAAAUAGAAAUGAUGGGGAACAUUUGGGUCUACAACUGGCACCUUGCUUAUACUUGCUUACUAGCUAUUUAAUUCGAGGUAGAGGAAUUAUUAAAAUUAACAGGGAUGUGUUACAUUUUCAAAGAUUAUGAAUACAAUAUUCAGUGUUGUUUUUUGUAAUGGAAAGCCCUGCUAUAUAAUGAUAACUAGAUCUGUUAUCUUUGUAUUUCAGAGUAUUUGCCAUGCACUGGUUGUUGGAUGAAAUUAUUUUUGACGUCAGUCAAAAAAAUGCAGUGUGCUGUGCAAACAUAAACAAGCUGGUAGUUGUCGCCCUCGUGUGGUGUAACGAUAGAGUACAAGAACAAUAGUGUUCAGAGAGGGUAAAAAUCGACUCGCGAAGAUAUAUACGGUUAUUUUUUGUAUGUGCUCGAUCAUGUAAUCGGAUGUAAUAACGCAUUAUCAAUUGGUUUCGCUGUUUGGAUUUCAAUUGACAUACUGUUUCACAACGCGUACUCACGUGACUCCCCUAGCCAAUCACUUCCAACGUUGAUGCGCGGUGCCUUAUGGGUCCCAGUCUACAAUUUAGAAAAGCGAAGCAAUACCCGAAUAAAAUCACAUACGCCUUCCAAAUAGUAAGAAGUACAUAAUAAAGACAGAAUCCCUCUGUCGUAACAUCGUAGAAGCAGUGAAUUUGGUUAUGUUGGAACCGUGAGUGUAAAGGGACUGCGUGGUUGUCACUAUAAGUGGCCAUAUUGUUUCUUGCUAUUGUCGUGUUGUAUGAAAGGAGAGAAGGUUAGCACUCCCCUUGACAAGGAUGGAAAUGGCCCUUGUGGCCUGCAACACAUAUAUGGUUAAGGCACUGCCACCUACUUCGUGGCAUCUCUGACCAAGUUUUUUUU